AGUUCAUCCGGUAUCGUGAACACGCCGGUCGACAAUAUAUCUAUCUUCCGUAAUUACAUAUAAUUUUUUUUUACUUUAUUUUUCGAGUCGUUUGUUAAAAAAAAAAAAAAUUUUCAUUCCAGUUUUACGUCUGUUAAAUAGCGCAUUUAUUUACACCGACAGCUGUCAGUUGUUGAUUGGCUGGAGAGCUUUUUUUUUUUUUUUACAAAAUAAAAGUUUGUAAAAAAUAAAAAAAAAAUUGAAAUUGAAGGAAUAUAUAUUUCAACGAUCGACAGGUCGUAGAGACAAGUUUUUUACGAAGUAUGGAGCAAUUUGAGCAAUUGCUGACAUGUGCGAUCUGUCUAGAUCGUUACAGAAAUCCAAAAUUACUACCAUGUCAGCAUAGUUUUUGUAUGGAACCAUGUAUGGAUGGACUUGUGGACUAUGUACGUCGUCAAGUCAAGUGUCCAGAAUGUCGUGCAGAACAUCGUAUUCCUUAUCAGGGUGUUCAGGCAUUUCCAACAAAUGUAACUCUUCAAAGAUUUUUAGAAUUACAUAUUGAAAUAACCGGAGAAUUGCCUGAUCCAACGAGUGGCCAAACAAUGGAACGUUGUGGUGUUUGUUCGGAAAAAAGUUAUUGUUCAUUAUGUGUUCAUUGUGAUAAAAAAUGUUGUCCAGAAUGUAAAGAUGCACAUAUGGAUAUUCUUAGACGUGAAAUAACACGAAUUAAUUCACAGAUAAGAAGAGGACUACAUCGUCUUCAAGAUGCCCUUGCUCUUGUUGAAAAAAAUACCCUUGGGCUACAGACAAAUUGUGCUUCAGUUGCUGAGGAGGUUGAUGAAAUUUAUCGAAGACUAAGUAAAGCCCUCAAGGAUCGUACUGAACAUUUGAGAAAUGAGGUUGAACGUUAUUCGGGUACUGAACUACGUGGAUUAAUACAACUCAAAGAAAAUCUUGAACUUGAAAUAUCAAAUAUACAAAGUAAUUGUGAUCUUGCUGAUGCUCAUAUUAAUGAAAAUGUACCAUGGGAUGAUGCUGAAUUAUUAGAUACAAAAGAAAUGUUUUUACGUACUGUAGAAUUUAUUCGAAACUUUGAAUAUGAAGCUGGUGAUUAUGGUCGUCGUGUUAGAUUUGUAAUGUCUCAUGAUCCAAAUCAACUUGUUUUACAUGUUGCUGGUUAUGGUGAAUUAAAUAUUAAACCAGAAACAGGUACUACUGGUCAUAUAGGAACAACAGGUGGACUUGCACCAGCAAGUGGAUCACCUGGUUUAAUGAGAAGUAAAAGUGAUCAUCGUUUGGCAUCACAAUAUCGUCAACAAGAAGAAGAACGACUUGCAAGAAAUCGAUAUGCUCCUGAUUACGAAUACGAUACACCAGAGUAUGAAGCACCAAGAAAUAAAUCACGUUAUCGUAGUCGUUUUAUGCGUCACAGAGAUGGUGAAGAAUCUGAUGGUGAUACACGUUCAUCAGUCAGAUUUACAUCAACAACACCAUCAACAACUGAACCAAAUCCACGUGAAAAAGUGUUGGAUACUGAAGAUGCUGCUCGUGGUCCAUUAUCAGGAAUAUUUAGACUUACUGAUUCACCAAGAGUUAUGAAAAAACUUCAAGAACAUGAAAGAGCUGGAAAAAGAAAAAAAGAAGAACCAAUUGUACCACAACCACAAACACCAAAACCUCAGGUACAAGUUAGAAAAGCACCAUUAUCAGUAUCAAAACAGCCAAGUGAAGACGAUGAAAUAUCAAAAAUAAAAAAAGCUAAUAAAAGUGGUACUCAAGCACAAUCAGAUAUAGUUGAUGAACGUCAAUCAAUUAUAUCAACACCAACUCAUGUAUCACCUGUUCGAGAAUCAGAACGUGAUACUGAAGAAACACCACGAAGAACCUCAAUUGUCAGCCGAUGUACAAGAAUCGCAUCUUCUGAUUCAAGUACCGGUUCCGAGAGUUCGGGUUCGGGUAUACGUAGCACCGGUGCUUCUUUCACUGCAGAGGAAAUGAAGCAGAAGUACCUUUCCAGGGCACCAACAGCAGUACCAUCAUCAACAACAACAACAACAGCAUCAACAACAACACCAACAUUAUCAACAACAUCAACACCAAGUUCACCAGUUGGUACAGCAAAUCGUGAUUCACCAGUAACACCAACAAGCAGUCCACGUCCACCAUUUCAAAGUCGUUUUUUAGGCGCAGGUAAUCGAGCAGCACCUCCUCCACCAGUUGUACUAGCUCGAGAUGAACCAAAAAAAAAAGAUGAUGACGAGGAUGAUGAUGAUGACGAUGAUGACGAUGAUGAUGAUGAAACAACAAGUUCAUCUGAAGAAACUGAAACAGAUAGUGAUGAAGAAUCUGAUACUGAAACAAGAAAAUCAGCAGCUUCAACAACACCAGUACAAGAACGUCAACAACGUGGUGAAGCUGCAAUGGCUAAAACUGAUAUUGGUCCAUUAUUAGCUAGAUCAGCUGAAGCAAGAAGAGGAAGUAAAGAAGAUUCACCCACAACAAGAUACGCAUCACCACGUGGAAGUCCAGCAAAUUCAUCAUCAUCACCAACAGGUUUAUCAUCACCAUCAUCACCAAGUGGAUAUACGAGCAGAUUCCUGAACAAAAGCAGGAGCCAAGCGGCAGUCGGAGUGUCGCGAGAACGUGAACGUGAAAAAGAACCGGAACCAGAAGUUGAACCAUUAUCACCAAGAUCACGUUAUGCUGCAUUAAAAGAAAGAAGACAACGUGUUGCUCGUUCAAAAAGUUCACAUAAUUUUGGUAAUGAUGAUAAUGAUAUUGAUGAAGAUCCACCAUCACCAACAACACAAUCACCAACAGCAUAUCUUGCUGCAAAAUAUGGUGCUGGUUCUGAAUUAGCACGUAGUAGAAGUACACAUGCUUUAAAAUCACGUGAACCAAGUCCUGAUCGUGAUCGUGGUGGUACAGAAAAAGAUGGUGCAGCAUUAAGUUCAUGGGCAAGAUAUUUAAAAAAUAAAUAUGGUAAUCGUAAUACUAAAGAUAAAGAACCACCAUCAUUAACUUCAUCAGCACCAUCAUCAAGUUCAAGUGCAGCAUCAAGAAGACUGUCUCUGGGCUUACCAUUAAGACAUCCUGGUCAAACAUCUUUUGAAUCCUCUGAUGACGAUCAAAAAAACCCGCCAGGCUCCCCCACGUCCCCUACAGCAGCUCACGGUAUACCCGCGGUAGCAGGUUCCUCCACUAGGAGUCAAUACUUGCAAAAGCGGCGUCAGCUGUUGAAAUUUGGGAUGCGGGGGAGCAGUGCCGGAUGUUUUACAUGGCCACGAGGUCUUGCUGUUGGUCCAGAUAAUUCAAUUGUCGUUGCUGAUAGCUCAAAUCAUCGUGUUCAAGUAUUUGAUCAUAAUGGAAAUUUUAUAAAAGAAUUUGGUACAUAUGGAAGUGGUGAAAAUGAAUUUGAUUGUCUUGCUGGUGUAGCAGUUAAUAGAAUUGGUCAAUUUAUAAUUGCUGAUCGUUAUAAUCAUCGUAUACAAGUAUUGGAUCCAUCUGGUAGAUUUUUACGUACAUUUGGAUCACAAGGAACAACUGAUGGACGUUUUAAUUAUCCCUGGGGCAUUACAACUGAUGCCUUGGGUUUUAUUUAUGUUUGUGACAAAGAAAAUCAUCGAGUCCAAGUUUUUCAAUCAGAUGGUACAUUUGUUGGUAAAUUUGGAUCUUGUGGUAGUGGAAGAGGACAACUUGAACAUCCUCAUUAUAUUGCUGUUAGCAAUACAAAUCGUGUUAUUGUUAGUGAUAGUAAUAAUCAUCGAGUACAAAUAUUUGAUGUUGGAGGACGUGUAUUAACAGCAUUUGGUUCUGAAGGUUCUGAAGAUGGACAAUUUAAAUUUCCACGUGGUGUUGCUGUUGAUGAUCAAGGUUAUAUUAUUGUUGCUGAUUCUGGUAAUAAUCGUAUACAAAUAUUUACAUCUGAAGGAGGAUUUAUUCGGGCAUUUGGUAAUUGGGGUAAUGGUGAUGGUGAAUUUAAAGGACUUGAAGGUGUUGCUGUUACAUCUUCUGGCAAUAUUGUUGUAUGCGAUCGUGAAAAUCAUAGAGUGCAAAUUUUUUAAAUUUAUCAAAAAACAAACAAUUUUAAAUCAUACAAAUUUUUCAAUUAAAAAAAAAUUAUUUUUCUUCUUUUUUUUUUUUUUUUUGUUUUAUAUAAAAUUAGUAUUAUAUAAUUUUUUUUUUUUUUUUAAUUCUUAUGAUUGUGUUGAUUUCUGGAUUUGUUUAUGUACUAAGACUAAUCUAUUUUUAAUUUCGUUUUUUUUUUCUUUUUUUUUUUUAUUAAUAAAACUCAUUAUUUAAACUGAUUGAUAUUUAAAGUAUAUUUACUAUAUUUAUUGAUAAAAAAAAAAAAAAAAAAUAAUGUUAAUAUAAUAAAAUUGCAUUUUGCCUAAAUGAUUGUUAAACUUGAUAAAAAUUCAUCUCUACAAUAGUUAUUUAAAAUUAUUUGAUUUAUUAUAAUCAAAGUGAGCUGAAGAUGAGAGAAGAAAAAACUGUUUGUAUAUGCUUUAAAAUAAAUCAUUGUAGAAGUAUGC